AAAAUGCACUGCCCCUGACGUACUUGUGGUUUGGGCAACACUGUACCAGCAAUUACCAUAAGGCAGUUUUAAUAAGGUAUGAGCUGCACCUUGACAGGAGCAUAUUCAACAUCAGUUGCCGGCCACGCCAGUUACACAUCGAUAGAAGGCUUCACAUAAAAAGGUCUGGGUUGUAUUUACCGGCUUCCAGCUAUAUUUAGAAAGAACAGUUAAGUCCCCCAAAUCUGCAAUUUAUCGCUGAUUUUAACACAGCCCUAGAGGAAGGCUGAUUUGCAACUGUGACUUUUUACCAGUUUGAAGCAACGCCCUAUUAUUCAGACCCUUAUUAAACUCUGCCCAGUUCGACUCAAAGAUGUCUUCGACCACGAUUUCCUCUUUCGUCUCUCUCAUCCUCCUCCUCUGCGUCUUCCAAGCGGACUGCUACGGUUCAGGUGCGCCAAUGACGGCCUGUGAUUAUGGGAACCCGAUUCACCAUUCCAGGAGCAGUAACUACACCGAGAUGUAUGUACCUCAGUCGGCUCCGAACAACCCCUUCAGGUUCCUAGCUCAUUCCCCUACCUACCAACCAGGAAAGGGUCUGAGAGUGACCAUUUCUGGUAGUAAUGGGGAGCUCUUCAAGGGGUUCUUUCUUCAGGCUCGGGCCUUCAACAGCAACAAAACUCUUGGUGUCUUCUCGGACCUACCGGCCCUCACCAAGCCAGUCCAGUGUACCGGGACAGUAGAUGACUCCGUGACCCACACCGGCAAGGAGGAGAAAGAGGCUCUGUCAUUCCUCUGGACCGCUCCCGAGGAAGGCGUAGGAGACAUCAUAUUUAUAGGUUCCGUAGCCCUUGGUCAUUCAACAUUCUACGUCAACAUGGCUUCAUCAAUCAUUGCAGAAGGCACCACAGGCAACGCGGGAAUCCUUCAGGUAAACCUGUGCGUGAUGGUCAUCGGUUUGAUUGCUGCACUUAUCUACACGACUGAUGAAUAAUUAAGAACGUUGUCAUGACGUACACGAUGCAAUUAGGGGAUAGUGGAGUAGACCCCGGAGAUAUUUUUUUACACAUUUUUAUAAUUUGUAACAGAUUUUAAAUCUCUUUUCAACUGAUAUAUCACUUUUCACUCAUUUUCAUAUAUACAAAUUUACCUCUUUAUAUAAUUAUUGUUACAUGUUUAUACAAAGUAGUAGUUUUAGGUGUCAUGGGGUCGUUGUUUAAAGUAAGAAAUUAAACAAAAAUAUGAAAUAAUUAUUACAGAGGUGUCGUGGUAGGUGAAUAUGUCACCGGACUGUGGAUCACAAGGUCCGCGGUUCGAGUCCCGCUGCGGCACUAAUAUCUUUUGGCAAGACAUUAAUCUACUCGACCCAGGUGAGGUAAAUGGGUACCUGGCAGGAAUUAAUUCCUUGAAUUGCCAGAGUGCCGUAAAUGGCAAUCAUGCUCAAGCUGGGGUAAUAAUUUCCAAAUUUGGAAGCGCAUAGAGAUGUUUCAUAUGAUAUGUGAUAUGUGCUAUACAACAACCGAAUGUUAUCAUUAUUAUUACAGAGUACAAAUGACAGGAUUAUCCUAAGUAGUAUCAUACAGUAUUAGAAUAAACGUUCAGCAUGUAAGGGAGAGAAAGAGAUCGGAGAGUACUAAUUAGUCCCGGACGUGUAUUUUUUAUUUACACGCAAGCGAAGGGAAUUUUACGAUUAAUUCUAAUGAAACCGCUCGCGAAGAGUCAAGACUGGAUUGGGAGAGCAAAAGCUAUAGCUCGAGCGCGAGAUAUAAUACGCUUUGGGCAUUGAGCAAUAAUAAGUGGGGUCUACUUGCCAUAUGCAUGAAAUAGGCUUUCUUCAACUUAAAAAAAAAAGAAUCAUAACUGCAAAAACGAUAUUAAUAGCACAUCAUUUCUGCUAUUCCAUGUCGGUGUUAUAGGUGUAUAACUGGCAUCGUUACUUGAUUACAUUGCAAAAAUUGAUUAGAUUAGAGGUACUAAAUUUAUAUUAAGUACAAAGGUUGUUUUAGUUUUUCUUGGAACACUUGAAUGUUUAUGGAACACCUGAAUGUUUAUGGAACACGUUUGUGUUUCUAAUCUUGAAAUGUUAAUAUUAUUCUGCAUCAAAUAUAAAAUAUUCAUUUUUACUGUGGUAUAUAAAGGCAUGAGCUUACUCUAAUACAUACAAUAUGAUUAUUUUUGUUUAAACUAAGAAAAUACACCAUGGUAUCGCAAUUUUAACAAACACAUCAUCAUAUUUUCUGGACAUAUCAUCAUCAUGGCCAUUGUCAAUUCAUAUAUUAAGGAUACAUGUAAAAUAAAGAGUAAAUCAAUUAUCGUCAA